CUAGGCAGUCGUAUUAUGUGGUCGACUCUCUUCAUUACAAACACCGUCUUAAGGUUUUGUGCAUUUUAAAAAGGCCCAGUUCUUCAGCGGAUGUGGCAUCACUGAAUGCACUGUUCAGUCUGUUCAGUGGUUGUUAUGUUUAUGCGGAGCGACGAAAACAUUAUACCAUAGCUGAAGAAUGAACGCCCCAGCAAAGCACCUUUACUAAGAAAACUUAAGCUCGCUCAAAGCCUGGCUUCCAGUGAGGUUGUUGAUUACCAUUUAAACAUAAUCUUUUCAUUAAGACAUGCGACUCUUGGCGGGGAGACGUACUUGAACUCUGUGAAUAUAUAUGCCAGAGACUGCAAUGUACAUUUAAAUUUGUGUGACACAGAGAGGCUCUGAAACUGAAACAUUGCAAGACGAAAGGUAUUUGACUUAACGACAUUUUCUUUGUCUUAAUUGUGACGUCACUAUCACAUAAGUGACGUCAUCAUUUUUUAGAACACGUCCAGUGCACAAGACAAGAUGACGAAGGAGGAUUACGAACUGAAAGCAAAAGGGAACAAGGUUUCCCCGGAGCACACGAUAUCAAGCAAGGAGGAUAUUAAACAAGGCAGUGGAGAGACUGAAAUCGAUAAUACGGGUCUCCAGCGUCUAUUGCCGAAAUUUCUUCGCAUGCGAUAUGCGGAUCCGGACCUUGAGAACCUCUACGGUGCAUAUUAUCGGCGACAGAAACAGGGCGCUCUCUCUAUAGCAGCCGUCCUUUCCUUUUUCUGUGACAUUGCCCUCAUCGUCUCGUACGUCGUCAAAUAUCAAAGUCCAAGCAUCUUGGCCGUAAAAGCAAUCCUCGUUAUAGACUUUGUAGUGUUCUUUCUAUGCAAAAUCAAACCGAGGCUCCUGCCGGAUAAAGGCCACCUUGCGAUGUGUUUUGUAUUUUGGAUUUAUCUUCAAACAAAGCUGUUCGUAGAUAUUGGGAUACGGUACAGUUUAGGGAUUGCGGUGUCUCCGAAUCACGUUGUUGGCCUGCAAGCGUUGCUUCUCUACCUGGCUUUCAUAGUUUUGCCUGUCAGAAUAGCGAUCUGCGGACUUUUUAACCUGUUAGCCAUCCUGGGUUACCUACUUUUGACGGCCAUUUUGGCGGCGAUGCAGCCUUAUGGGAUAUUCUACAUAGGAAAUGAGGUUGCUGCUGAUAUACUGUUAUUCAUGUGCGCCAAUGUAUUAGGAACGAUCUCAUAUUUUCUUGCGGACAAGAACCAGCGCAGGGCGUUCCUGGAAGCCAAAGCUUCGCUCUCAGUAAAGGUUGCCAUCGAGGAGAAAUCUAAAGAACAGGAGCGCCUCCUAUUGUCUGUCCUUCCAAAGCACGUCGCAGACGAUAUGGUGCAAGAUAUGGGAAAUGAAAUUGGAGGGCAGUUCAGGAAAAUCUACAUGAGUCGACACGAGGAUGUUAGUAUUCUCUUUGCUGAUAUCGUGGGUUUCACAGCAAUGUCGUCUGCUGUCACAGCGCCCGAGUUAGUUUCCGUUUUGAACCAGCUCUUUGCCACCUUUGACCAACUUUCUCAGAAAUACCAUCAGCUUCGUAUAAAAAUCCUUGGGGAUUGUUACUACUGCAUCAGUGGCGCACCCACACCCCGCCCUGAUCACGCGGUACUAGCCGUCCACAUGGGCCUUAGUGUGGUAGUCGCUAUUGCUCAAGUUCGUGAACGCACCAAGACCAACGUCAACAUGCGUGUAGGUAUCCACACCGGGGCUGUCCUGGGAGGCGUCAUUGGCCAGAAGCAGUGGCAGUUCGACGUGCUGGGAAAAGACGUCCAAAUGGCAAACAAAAUGGAGUCUGGCGGCGUUCCAGGACGCGUCCACAUCUCACAGUCUACUGCAGACUUUCUAGAUGGUGAGUUUGAGCUUGAGCCGGGAGAGGGCGACACUAGAGAGGAGGCCAUUAAACAAGCUGGGAUUAAGACUUACCUUGUAGGAACGGUUCUGAAGCCGUAUCCGGAGGGCACUCUCGACGCUUCAAACGGAGCUGCAAAUGGUCACGUGGCUGAUGGAGUGACGUCAGACAACGAGCCGAAAACUACUGGCGACUCUGAUGUAGAAAAGAACGAUGUCGACAGUAAUCAACAUAUAUAUGAAGCGUUGGUAGAAAGAGAUGAUUCGACGCACAUGUCCAAACGACUCAACCGCAUCACACUUUGGUUCAAGGACAAGGAAGUGGAGAAGGAAUACGGAAGUAACAGGGGCAAACACAGUGGCGUCACCCUGACCAGCACCUGCCUUAUACUGCUAGCGUGCUUCCUGUCUCAGCUUUGGGUACUGCCUAGAAACGUCAAUGCAUUCUUGACGUUUGCCGUGGUGUUUGUGUGUCUGGUAAUUAUGUCAUUGAUAAGUCUCGCAGCAGACAUUAAGAAAUUUCCAAAUAUUUUGGUUCGCUUUGCUCACUGGAUCGAGGUAACCGUUUGGUUCCGGAUAUUCUGGGUUAGUCUUGCAGUCCUUAUUUUAGCUGCAGCCGAUAUUAUAGAUAUGCUUGGCUGCUCUACCACGGACAACUUUACGGCAAACACCACUCAGCUCAACCCCAGCACAGCCUAUUGCCAGUAUCCCUCUUACUUCAUGGACUUCGGCAUCAUGGUUGUCAUGGGAACGACCUUGCUGACCCAGAUCAACUUCCUGGUCAAAAUUAUCCUGAUUAUAGCGGUCUGUGCCGUUCAUUGUGUUAUGUAUCUGGUUGUGAUUCCGACAUCUUUUGAUGAGGUAGACAGCUUUCUUGGCUCCUAUGGCGGUGUGUUGAUGCCAACAAAAUAUCUGAUGGUUGCAACAAUAGGAGCUGUUGCCUUGACAGCAGCGUUUCUUUCUCGCUCGGCUGAUCAAAUGUCUAGGAAACUGUAUCUAUGGAAACAAGAGGCAGAAGAACAAAAGGAGAUGGUGACAGUCCUCCGCGAGAAAAACGAGACUUUAGUGUACAACAUUCUUCCCGCGCACGUGGCAGUCGAGUUUCUUGGAAAUAAGAGAAGCGACGGGGAACUAUAUAGUCAGGCGUAUGAACACACAGCUGUGAUAUUUGCAGCGUGCCCCAACUUCAACGACUUCUAUUCGGAGGACGCCGUUAAUAACAACGGACUAGAAUGCUUUCGUUUCCUUAAUGAGAUUAUUUCAGAUUAUGAUGAGCUCUUGAACGAGCCACGUUUCUCAGAUAUUAUCAAGAUAAAGACUGUCGGUUCCACAUAUAUGGCGGCAAGUGGUAUAAAUCACGCAAAAUCUCACACGAAGGGGACUUCCGUCAAGGAGAUCUGGGGCCACCUGGCGGCGCUUGCUGACUUCGCGUUUGCAAUGAAAGAGGCGCUGGAUACCAUAAACCAACAGUCUUUUAAUAACUUCAAACUUCGGAUAGGGAUACAUCACGGCCCCAUAGUCGCCGGUGUAAUAGGAGCGAAGAAGCCUCACUUUGAUAUCUGGGGAAACACUGUGAACGUGGCCAGCCGUAUGGACUCCACGGGACAAGUUGGGCGCAUUCAGGUGACAGAAGACACGAUGCUCAUCCUCAAGGAAUUUGGUUUCACGUUCCAAAAACGCGGCAUGGUGAAAGUGAAAGGGAAGGGCGAACUGCUCACCUUCUUCAUGGAGGGCAAACAGACUGACCUGACGUCGGCUUUAGAUUCCGGAACGAUGAACGGGAAAGCUGAUGCUCUUCCGCCAUUAUAACACAUGUUUUAAGGAGACUAUAAGAGAAAGAUAACCGUAGAGGUCUUAGGAUGCAUUCACAACUGCACGCUAAAUAGUCCGCCGAUUAAAUAUGGCCGACCCACCUGACUGGUUGUUGCAUAACCCCCGCGGGGAAUCUAUUCUAUUUCGGGAUAAGGCGGCAAGCUUUUUAAGUGGGUCGCCAUAUUUGAUCCAUGGACUAGUUAGUCCGCUGUUUUAAAUGCGGCCUUAGUGUUGUCUUCGAGGCGAACCAGUCAUUAACUUUGUCUUAUGUUGGUUCAAAAUUGACAGAGGAUCUCAUGUACAAACAGCCGCUAGUUAAACUUUCAUUGUGGCAGUUGGAGGGCUUAUUGGGAAUCUGCAUCUAAAUGUACAGAGCGAAGUCAUGUCUGACGCAGAUAAGAUACACUAAGACCCUUUUCACAGCUAGCGGUACACUUUAACUGGAUCGGUCCACUUUGAGAGUACACUGUAGUAACUUGCUUCUCGGACCACAGUUUUUUUAAAGAUAUAAGCAUAUAUGUGAUAACUUGAAUGUAAAUAUUUUGAUAUUGUGUGAUAUUUGUAAAUGCCAAAGAGACAAAAAAGAUAUUUUGCAUGUUAUAUAUUAAUUAUUUAGCGAACAUUUUUCAGACUCGUCUUCUAACAACGGUAACGUGAUACUAAGCAUAAUGUCACUAUCCACACAGAAGUCUCGUUUUCAUAGUAAUUUUUACAACCAAUGUCGGAUUUCUUUGAAACAGUAUUUGAGUGCCAGCUGUGGAGAACUUUAAGCACUCAUAAAUGAUGGAACUAAAUCCGAACCGUUAACGUGUUUGUUAGUGGAUUUGUUGUGAUUUUUACAUUCCAACGUAUAUUGACAAAGGCCGUAUGGUUAAAGUCUUCUUAUAGCAUAUGUGUAGCAUACGUGCACUGUAGCUGUACACUGUAUCUUGUUUUUUUUUUAAAUUCAAGGACAUUGGUCUUCAGAUAUUUAGGGUAUUUGCCCUCAAUUCGGCUCAUUGUGUUUAAAUUUUUCUUAGAGGUAUAUACCAUAAAUUCGUAAAGUGAAAGUGUAACUAUGAAAAUGUCACUAUAUAUUUAAGUCAAACUAUAUAGUGCAGAGCACACGAACGCCAGCUUUUAAAAAUUGUCGUAUUUCAUAUGAUCGUGUUCCCCACUUCUGUUGAAAUUAGGGGUAUUUGGAGCUGGUCUCUUGCAAAACGGGCUUCUAUUGAAGCUGGGGCAUCCCUUAGCAAAAUGAGAAGUUUGCAGCAAUAUUCCAGCAAUAUUGCCGCAAACUAAAAGUGUGCAGCAAUAAGUUUGCGGGAGUUCCCAAGAAAAAAGUUAUUGCUGCUAAUUUACAGCCAUAUUGCAGCAAAUUUGCUGCAUGUUUGCAAGAGGGAUUUGUAGUUUGCAGAAGUAUAGCAGCAGAGUUGCUGCAAAGUCGCUGCAAAUUUGCAUCAGGCCUUAUAAUUUGCUAAUGGAUUCCAAACAGCAAAAAACGACUGUGCAUCAAUCUUGCAACAUGUUAGUUGCAACUCAGUAAACUCAGAGGGCUGCUACUUACGUAUGAAGGGUAUUAGAGGGCUUCUGUUAAAUCAGGGGCUUCUGUCUUAAAGUUAGGCAAAUGCUCGUUUUACAAUACACAGUUUAAGAAAAUAUAUUUUUGCGCGUUUAUUCAAACGAUGUUGUUUAUUUGUUUGUAGUCAUACGUACAUGUAUAUAUACAUGUACUCGUACAUGCACUGUUUGCGGUUCAGUUUUCAAAAGGUUGUGUUAUAAAUAUUAAAAUGUAAAUAAAGAUUUAUAAGUUUUCAUUAUAUUCAUUCACUUUUGUCAUAUGUUACAGAACAUGUUACAGCAAAUGUUAAGGUCUA